CUAUGACACUAAUUCACAUCAUUGAAAUACGACAAAAAAUCACGUAGUGUUAUCAUAACACAUUAAAAAACAAAAUCAAUAGUUUACUAACAUUACUUGUGCCUAAAAAUGUUGAAGACAUUCACCAACUUCGAAUUCGCACUCCUGGUCAGCGUGUUACCAGCGGCUUGCUUCUAUCUGUGGACAUUAAUUGCCGGUGAUUUAAUCAAUUUCUCCGGAAGUCGUGUAAAGGUGUUGAACUACGCGGCGAAAGAUAUGGUGAACUGUUAUCAAAAUUACGCCGCAGUUACGAAUGGAGAUGUAAAAAAAGAGCAUUAGCUAACAUUUUUCUAGUCCAACUUUAUAGUAUUUGUAUAAUUACACUGUAUUACUACCCUGCUCGCAUUUACAAGGCAUAUGUGAUAUAUGCUAACCGAUUUUUGCAAGAAAUAUAAAAAAUAGCACCAAAUUGCUUUUGUAACUAAACGAUUUCCAUAAUGUUUGGAAACGUGAAGUCUGGGAGAUAUUCUUUUCCGCAUAUACAUAUGUGGGCAACACUGCUGUUUCCGUGGCGCUGCAAUUUAAUUUCGGAUUCUUAUAGAACUCGACAAAAGAAAACGAAAUGAACGAGUAAAAUUUUUCGAUAUCUCGCUUGGUUUUUAAGUAAUUUAAUGUUAAAGUUCUCUAAUUUAGCGAAAAGUUGGUGUUGCCAUACUCUUGAAAUAAAAACGAAGUUCGUAUGCAGAGAUGUUCAGUAGAAGGUUCAUUGUAAAACUGCAGUAUUUUUUGCUGUAAUUUUAAGUUGAAAAAUAAUUUUGAAAAUAAAAACAUACAACUCAUUUAAGAUUAAAAACAAUGAUAUUAAGCGUAUCACAAAAAAUAAUAAAGUAAUUAAAAUUAAAUUAA